GUCACUGCUUAAAAAUAAACACAAUUUAUUAAUUAUUUAAGGGUGGUAGAUGAAUUUUAGAAAAAAUUUAAAUUAACUUAAUUUAAAAAUGGCUCAAAGUCGUUUAGAAAAAAUUGGGACAAUAUUUACUAGAGUUACAGGUUUAUUAAAAUCUGGAGCUAUGAAACCAGAAGAUAAACCAUUAUGGUACGAAGUGUAUGCUGCAUUUCCUCCAAAUUUGGAACCGAAGUUUGACAGACCGAUUCCAAAUAUUAAAUUGAAAAAAAUUUUUUAUGAAGAAGACGUAAUAAGAUCGCACUACCAUAAAAUAAAUAAAGGAAGAGACACAAUAAACUUAAAAGAUUUAAAAAGUAGAACACAAUGUCAACAAUACAUCGAUAUUUAUAAUAACCUAAAAUCACAAGGAGCUUUAGAUGAAGAAAAAAUUCGUGAGGUCGCAUAUGAAAUGCUUCAAGACAAAAUUAAAGUCGAAACAGAAUCAAACGACAAUGUAAUUGAAAACGUUGCUCAUGCAGAUUUGAAUAAAAAUUCGACUCAUGUUGUUAAUGUUAAAGAUUUAUUUAAAGAAUAGCAGGAGUACAUUU